GUCAAGACCCCUGCUCGAUCUCUAGUCUUUCCUUCCGGUUGCGCACAGGAUAUUUGCGCAGCAGCAAAAUUUUAACCAGCCAUCGUCGCGUACGCGAGCGAUCGGAAAGCGUUAUUGAUCGCGCUAAACUCGAUUAGCUCGACUCGAUCAUCUUUAUCGUCGUAUGUGAACGUCGUUAUAUCGAGACCAAAGAAAUGUAAAUCGCUGCUACGAAUGCGGAUAAAUAAAUUGAAUUGCCUCUGACUUGUCCCGCACGUUGCACCUGUUAUUCAUUCACACCUGUUCACAUCCUAUCGAUGCGAUAAUUAAGAAAGCGCGCACGCGUAAGCGAUAUUUGUUCGAGGAGAGGAAAAAGAAUCGAGUUCUCGUACGUGAGAAAUUCCAAACUUAUUCCCACGUGUUUCUUUUGUUGCGACGCGAAUUUCCGCGUUCCUCGUCGCUUCCUUUUUCCUUUCAAACGAAUCGGAUCGAAGACGCAUCCGUAUUUAUGGGAGGAUUCGCGAAAAAGUAGAUGUAAAAUGGAAUAGAGCGGGAGAGAAUGGAAUCCCGCAAACGUGAUUUAACUCCUUAAUGUCUGAAUAAUGGAUUCUUCGUACGACAGGCUUCCCCUAAUUUAAUACAACUGGUAUACCGAAUUUGGCGCAGCGCCUGAGAUGAUUUAAACGGAUACGGCGUGAUUAUAGGGCGAUAGCGAUCAAUCAGGAUUACAAAUCCGUUAACGCGGCGUGCGAGACGUCUCCUCCGACUAACGCGACACGUGCGUUGGUCAAAAUUGCGAAACUGUUUCUUAUCGUCCAUAAUUAAGUCAAAGCGAUAAUCGGCGCAUCGGUAAAAAUGGGAAUGUCACGUUCCGUGAAAUAUCGUUAUCGUCGGCCGAAACGAUUCAACGGGCCGGUGAUCGAUCACUUUCGAUUCCUUUCGAGGAAUUCGAGCGAGGCGCACGAUCCAUCAAUACGACGGGACGUCAGAUAGCAAGCGUCGACGCAAUGAUUUUUUAAAGUUUUCCCUUCCGCGCGCAGUAAUUUAUUAAUAAUCGCGUCAUUUGUUUCGCGGCUGCGUUCUCGAAACGCGGAAUUUUUAUCGCGUGUCGCGCGGCUCAUCAUCAAUCGUCGGGGAAAAAGGGGGCUAUAAAAGGGGAUCGGCGGUACGCCAAGUUCAGUUCGGCAGACCAAAGCCCGCCGCGCACGGUUCCAACAUGGCGAACCUUCUGGACUCGAUGUACUCGGAUGCCGUGUCCUCGCUGCAAUGCACCACGCCGUUCCUGGGCGGGCCGCAGCUCACCGACGUCUGCUCGGCGAGCAACGGCCAGCUGUUCCUCGCGCUUCUCAACUUGUUCGUCGCCACCAGUCCGGUGAUCGGCGAGCCGUGCCAGCGCAUCCACUCCUCGAGGACCCCGGACCUCAGCUACGACUUUAUCGUGGUCGGUGGUGGAGCCGGCGGGGCGGUAGUGGCCGGAAGACUGAGCGAGGUCCCAAAUUGGAAGGUGCUCCUUCUGGAGGCGGGGCCGGACGAGCCGGCGGGGGCCGAGAUACCCAGUAACCUUCAGCUUUAUCUCGGGGGCGAUCUGGACUGGAAGUACUACACGACCAACGAGUCGCACGCCUGCAUGAGCACGGGCGGCAGCUGCUACUGGCCUCGAGGUAAGAAUCUCGGGGGGACGACCGUUCACCACGGCAUGGCGUACCACCGAGGCCAUCCCAAGGAUUACGAGAAAUGGGUCGAGCAGGGUGCCUUUGGCUGGAGCUGGGACGAGGUCAUGCCGUAUUACCUGAAAUCGGAGAACAACACCGAGCUGGGCAGGGUCGGCACCAAGUACCACCGAAAGGGGGGAGUGAUGAACGUGGAGAGAUUCCCGUACCAGCCGCCUUUCGCUUGGGAGAUCCUGAAAGCGGCCGAGGAGGCGGGCUUCGGGGUUUCCGAGGACUUGUCCGGGGACCGGAUCAACGGGUUCACCGUAGCCCAAACGAUAAGCAAGAACGGGGUGCGGGUGAGCAGCGCGAGGGCGUUCCUGACGCCGUUCGAAGGGCGGAAGAACCUGCACGUGAUCGUGAACGCGACCGUGACGAAAGUGAGGACGCUGAACAAGAGGGCGACGGGCGUGGACGUGUUGAUCAACGGGAAGAGGAGGGUCGUGUUCGCGAAGCGGGAGGUGGUCUUGUCCGCGGGCACGAUAAACACGCCCCAGCUGCUCAUGCUGUCCGGCAUAGGGCCCAAGGCGCACCUUCGGUCCGUAGGGGUCCCCGUGGUGCUCGACCUGCCGGGCGUCGGCGAGAACCUGCACAACCACCAGUCGUUCGGCCUCGACUUCUCGUUGAGCGAGGAUUUCUACCCGACCUUCAACCAGACCAACGCCGAGCUGUACCUGUACAACCAGACGGGGCCGCUGUCGAGCACGGGCCUGGCGCAGGUGACGGGCGUGUGGCACUCGAACCUGACCACCCCGGACGACCCCGACAUCCAGAUAUUCUUCGCCGGUUACCAGGCGAUCUGCGAGCCGAGAGCGAAGAUCGCCGACCUCUCGGCCGGUAGCAAACAGGCGGUGAGGAUGUCGGCGCUGAACCUUCAGCCGACGAGCAAAGGUCGCAUCACGCUCAACAGCAAGGACCCGCUCGACCCGCCCGUCAUCUGGAGCAACGACCUGGCCACCGAGCACGAUCGCAGCGUCAUGAUCCAGGCGAUCCGGGUCGUGCAGAAGCUGGUCAACACGACGGUUAUGAGGGGGCUCGGGGUGGAGUUUCAGAGGAUCAAUCUGCCGCAGUGCGACAGCUUCGCGGAGGACAGCGACGAGUACUGGAACUGCGCGAUACAGUACAACACGAGGGCGGAAAAUCACCAGACGGGCACGGCCAGGAUGGGCCCGGUCUACGAUCGCAUGGCGGUGGUGUCUCCCCGGCUCAAGGUGCACGGGAUCAAGGGACUCAGAGUGGCCGACGCCUCCGUUCAGCCACGGGUGGUCUCGGGCAACCCGGUCGCCUCGGUCAACAUGGUCGGCGAGCGGGCGGCAGACUUCAUCAAGCAGGAUUGGGGAGAAGAUACACUUUGAUUAAACUGAGGAAUACGAUUGCCAAACGACCCCUGCUUAUGUUUUAACGCUACAUAUAUAUACCAUAUAUGCAUAUAUAUAUAUAUAUAAUUAUUCUUAUUCCGAAA